AUGGGUGACCCUGGCUUCAUCACUGGAUUUGCUAGUUAUGCUAUUCAGUUGGCUUGGGAUCAGAUAAUGCAUCACAUCAACAUUGCCAUCCGAUGCAAGAAAGAGUUGGAUGCCCUCAAACUUCUGCUUCCCAGAAUUCAAGCAAUGAAUGUGGAAUUGCAGGAGUAUCGAAAAGCUUUGAACUCUGGCAAAAUGAGUACGUCACCUCACCAUCCUUUGCCCUCCACAGUCAACAGCUGGUUGAACGAAUUGAAUGCCCUUCUGGAGGAAGCAUCUGAUUUGGCCCAGUACUGCAGUGUACGCUCAUACUUUUAUCUCUUUUCUCGUUACAGAACGAGCAGAAAGAUCAGGCACCUCAUUGACAAUCUAGAAAAGCAUAUAGCCUGCGCACCUUCUGUUGCUUUUCUGCACCAACUGCAGCAGCAUGUCGCGAAUCGGCAAGUGCUUGAGCAGAUUAAAGAGAGAUUGGAUUAUCUUAAUCAUAGUACUUCAGCAGUGGCCAGCGCAUCUGGAGAUCUCUUUCCAUCCAUUUAUUCGGCCACUUCCAACAAGAAGUAUAUUGAGAAGGCAGUCAUUGUGGGACAGGAUUCUGAAUCAAACAGACUUGUGGAGCUGAUUGAUUCACAGCAGCACAAAAAUGUGUCUCGUUUAGGACUAGUUGGGAAGGGUGGGGCCGGUAAGACUCUGUUACUCAAACGAGUCUUCAACAGUGACCAGGUACAGAGUCUCUUUCGCAAUGAUUUGAUGCUUUGGCUUACUGUUUCACAGAAUCCAUCUUUCAAUACUCUCCGAGACGAUCUUGUGAAACAAAUAUCUGUUCAAGUAAAUGAAAGAUUGGACAGUAGAGAGGAAGACCAUGUGAAAACAUGGUUGAAUGAAUGCAUGAGAAAGCACAAAUUUGCCCUAUUUUUAGAUGAUAUUUGGGAAACAAGUGCAGCCUCGCUGUUAGAGGAGCUAUGUGUGCCCCAUUCUCCACACCACAAGUCUAACAUCAUCAUUGCCACUUCCAGAACUAGUAGUGUGGUCUCACAGUUGGGUGUUCGGCCUUCAUCACUCAUCGAAAUGCAAGAUUUGACUGAGGACGACGGUUGGAGAUUGUUUUCUUUCUAUGCAUUUCCACACAGCGAUGGAAUUUUGCCCAUGAGCAUUGACCAAGAAAUAGCGAGGAGUGUCUGCAAGGAGUGUCAUGGGGGCCUUCCGUUAGCCCUCAAAGUAAUUGGGAAGGCAAUGUUGUGCUUCCUCUGCCUUGCUGCUUUCUCAAAAGGUCAUGUCAUCUAUUCUAAUGAUGCCAUUGACUACUGGAUUGGAAAAGGGUUGGUGGCCGGAAGGGAUCCUCUUCAAAUAGGAGACACAUACGUCAUUCUGUUACCGGAUCGAUGCCUUAUUGAACCAAUCCAGAAGGAUUAUGACGGAAAGGUAAUCUGCUUCAGGGUACAUGAUGUUCUGCAUGACUUAGCACAACAAAUUGCUGAGAAGGAAGAAAAAUGCUUCUUCCAGGCAAGCAAAGGCUUACAGGAGUUUCCUAUGGUCGAUUGCGCAGGACAUAUCAGAAUUUCAUUAGAAGAGAACAGUUUGACUAGGGUUCCUAAAGAAAUCCGAGCUCCUUAUAUCCGCUCCCUGCUACUCUCUUCUAAUCCUUCUUUGACAGAAAUUCCAAAAGAAGUGAUUGGGAGUAUGACCGCUCUCAGGGUCCUGGAUUUGUCACGGACUGCCCUCCAGUCGUUGCCAGAAAACAUGGGAUGUUUGAAGCGUUUAGUUUACCUCGGGUUAUCCUUUGUGCCACUCAAGAGACUGCCCAACUCUGUCACUGCUCUUAAAAACCUGCAAAUAUUAGAUCUUUAUCGAUCUGAUAUUACACAACUCCCGUCCGGCAUUUCUAAGUUGACUUCUCUAAAACUGUUGGACGUUAGUUUCUGCAAACAUCUGCAGUGGAAGCCUUAUGGGAUCUCACGCCUUACGUCCCUGGAGUACCUGGAUGCAUUUGCUUCUUCAAAUAUGCAGUGGAACAAGUGCAGAAGGGAUCGGCUUCCAAUUAGUGAUUUGGGCACCCUAAACAAACUGAAAAGGUUGGGGCUCCAUAAUAAUGGUGAGAUAAUUCAGAAAGGAAUGUUGGGAACCAUGAAUCAGGUGGAAUAUCUAUGUAUGCAUCUGACGGUGGUGAAGCUGAGGAAGCUGGAGCAGCUGCCAAUAGUGGAAGAAGCAGCACUGCCUUCACUUAAAACAUUGACAAUAAUGAAGUGUGAGGCAUUGCAGAGGCUACCACAGUGUUAUUGGAAUUUGAAGAGUGUAGAGAAGAUAAGAGUGUAUGGUUGUUCAAAGGUUCUAUUUGUCAUGGCAGAGGAAGAAAGCUUAAUCAAGACAAAGAUUAAGGUGCAAACAAUAACAUUAUCUACGAUAGAAACUCAAACAUCGGAAGAACGGUAUCAUGAUAUUCUUCAGGGGGGUGAACAUUUUUAUUAUGGUGAAUUUUGGUGUAGUGAGAUGUUUCAGCUUUUUGCUGGCAUUAAUCGAUUUUAUUUGUUCUGA